UUGCCCCCAGAUACCCAGCCCCACGCACUCCUUCAGAACAGUACUUUAUGCCCCCUGCUUCACCCCAUUCUUCUCCGCACUCCUCUCCCAUCCCCCUAGCGGAUUUAGCCAUAACCCUCUUGCGCGUCCCCUCCAUCUGUCACCUUACUGCCCAGAUUUAACUAGUUGACUAAUCAUCUUCUUUUUCCUCCUUAUUACUGCUUCGAAUCAGCGGGCAUUUACUGAUGCCUAAAUUACAGCUUCGUGGUUAAAGAACCCGAGGUCGGUGCUGGCGCACAUUGCUGCACGAGUUGGAAUUCUGACUCAGUCAGCUCUGUGACCUCGCGGUGCUAUCUCCUUGUGAGAAUAAAUGAGACGAUCCUUUCCUGUGGUGAGCACUUACAACGAUGUGUGACCUGAAAUUCUGAACCAUGAGUCUAGCGCUUAAUGAUCUGCUUAUUUGCUGCCGUCAUCUAGAACAUGAUAGAGCUACAGAACGGAGGAAAGAAGUUGAGAAAUUUAAGCGCCUUAUUCGGGAUCCUGAAACAGUUCAACAUUUAGAUCGGCAUUCAGAUUCCAAGCCAGGAAAAUUUUUGAACUGGGAUGCUGUUUUUAGAUUUCUACAGAAAUAUAUUCAGAAAGAAACAGAAUGUCUGAAAACAGCAAAACCAAAUGUAUCGGCUUCAACACAAUCUUCCAGGCAGAAAAAGAUGCAAGAAAUCAGUAGCUUGGUCAAAUACUUCAUUAAAUGUGCAAAUAAAAGAGCACCCAGGCUAAAAUGCCAAGAACUCUUGAAUUACAUCAUGGAUACAGUGAAAGAUUCAUCUAAUGGUGCCAUUUAUGGAGCUGAUUAUAGCAACAUACUGCUCAAAGACAUUCUUUCAGUGAGAAAAUACUGGUGUGAAAUAUCUCAGCAACAGUGGCUAGAAUUGUUGUCUGUGUACUUCAGGUUGUAUCUCAAACCUUCACAAGACAUUAAUAGAGUUUUAGUGGCCAGAAUAAUUUACGCUGUGACCAAAGGAUACUGUUCACAAACUGAUGGAUUAAAUCCCAAAUUUUUGGAAUUUUUUUCCAAGGCUGUUCAGUGUGCAAGACAAGAAAAGAGCUCUCCAGGCCUAAAUCAUGUCUUAGCAGCACUUACUAUCUUCAUCAAGAUUUUGGCCAUCAACUUUCGCAUUCGAGUGUGUGAAUUAGGAGAUGAAAUUCUUCCUACCUUGCUUUAUAUUUGGACUCAACAUAGACUUAAUGAUUCCUUAAAAGAAGUGAUUAUUGAAUUAUUUCAACUGCAAAUUUAUAUCCAUCAUCCAAAGGGAGCUAAAACCCAAGAAAAAGGUGCUUAUGAGUCAGCAAAAUGGCGAAGUAUCUUAUACAAUUUAUAUGAUCUGCUAGUGAAUGAGAUAAGUCAUAUAGGAAGUAGAGGAAAAUAUUCUUCAGGAUCUCGUAAUAUUGCUGUUAAGGAAAACUUGAUUGAGUUGAUGGCAGAUAUUUGUCACCAGGUUUUUAAUGAAAAUACCAGAUCUUUGGAGAUUUCUCAGUCUUAUACUACCACACAAAGAGAACUUAGCGACUACAGUGUACUUUGCAAAAGGAGGAGAAUAGAAUUAGGCUGGGAAGUAAUUAAAGAUCAUCUUCAGAAAUCACAGAAUGAUUUUGAUCUUGUGCCUUGGUUACAGAUCGCAACUCAAUUAAUAUCAAAGUAUCCUGCAAGUUUACCUAACUGUGAGCUAUCACCACUACUGAUAAUACUAUCCCAGCUUCUACCUCAACAGCGACGUGGGGAGCGCACACCAUAUGUGUUACGAUGUCUUAUGGAAGUUGCAUUGUGUCAAGGAAAGAUUUCAAAUCUAGAAGGCUCACAAAAGUCAGAUUUAUUGAAACUCUGGAUUAAAAUUUGGUCUAUUACCUUUCGCAGUAUAAGUUCUGAACAAAUACAAGCUGAAAACUUCAGCUUACUUGGAGCCAUAAUUCAGGGCAGUUUAGUUGAGGUUGAUAGAGAAUUCUGGAAGUUAUUUACUGGGUCAGCCUGCAGACCUUCAUGUCCUGCAGUAUGCUGUUUGACAGUGGCACUGACCAUAUGUGUAAUUCCAGAAACAGCAAAAACAGGAUUAGAGCAGAAUAUAAGCGAAGUGAAUAGAAGUGUUUCAUUAAGGGAAUUGAUAAUGAAAUGGCUCAUAUUCUAUCAGUUAGAGGAUGACUUAGAAGACACUACAGAGCUGCCUCCAAUUCUUCACAGUAAAUUUCCUCAUCUUUCACUGGAGAAAAUUCUUGUGAGUCUCGCUGUGAAAAACUGUAAAGCUGCAAUGAAUUUUUUCCAAAGUGCGCCAGAAUGUGAGGAACACCAAAAAAGUAAAGAAGAACCUUCAUUCUUAGAAAUAGAAGACCUAUUUCUUCAGACAACUUUUGACAAGAUGGAUUUUUUAACCAUUGUGAAAGAAUGUGGUAUAGAAAAGCACCAAUCCAGUAUUGGAUUUUCUGUCCACCAAAAUCUCAAGGAAUCACUGGAUCGCUAUCUUCUGGCAUUAUCAGAACAGCUUCUAAAUAAUUACACAUCCGAGACUACAAAUCCAGAAACGCUUGUGCAGUGUUCAAGUCUUUUGGUGGGUGUUCUUGGCUGCUAUUGUUAUGUGGGUGUAAUAGCCGAAGAAGACGCAUAUAAAUCAGAAUUAUUCCAGAAAGCCAAGUCCCUAAUGCAGUGUGCAGGAGAAAGUAUCACUCUGUUUAAAAAUAAGACAAAUGAGGAAUCUAGAAUUGAUUCGUUGAGAAAUAUGCUUCUUCUAUGUACAAGUUACUUGUGCAACUGUAUGAAGCACAAUCCAAAUAAGAUCGCAUCUGGCUUUUUUCUACGAUUGUUAACAUCAAAGCUUAUGAAUGACAUUGCAGAUAUUUGUAAAAGUUUAGCAUCCUUUAUCAGAAAGCCAUUUGACUAUGGAGAAGUAGAAUCAGUGGAAGAUGAUACUGAUGAAAAUCUAAUGGAGGUGGAGGAUCAGUCACCCAUGAAUCUACUUGAUGUUUACUCUGCUUAUAGUGUUAGUGAUGCAAAUGAAUCUGGAGAGAGCCAAAGUAUUACUGGUGCUGCAAACCCUUUGGCAGAAGAAUAUCUGUCAAAGCAAGAUCUACUUUUUUUAGACAUGCUCAAGUUCUUGUGUAUGUGUGUAACUACUGCCCAGACCAGUAUAGUAUCAUUUAGAGCAGCUGAUAUUCGGCGGAAACUGUUAAUGUUAAUUGAUUCUAGCAUGCUGGAUCUAACUAAAUCCCUUCAUCUACACAUGUAUCUAGUGCUUUUAAAGAAGCUUCCAGGAGAAGACUAUCCCUUGCCAAUGGAAGAUGUCAUCGAACUUCUGAAACCUCUAUCCAACGUGUGUUCUUUGUAUCGCCGUGACCAGGAUGUUUGUAAAACAAUUUUAAACCAUGUCCUUCAUAUAGUAAAAAACCUGGGUCAAGGCAAUAUGGACAGUGAGAACACAAGAGAUGCUCAAGGACAGUUUCUAACAGUGAUUGGAGCAUUUUGGCACUUAACAAAGGACGGGAAAUGCGCACCUACUGUAAGGGUGGCACUAGUAAAAUGCCUUAAGACUCUGCUUGAGGCUGAUCCUUAUUCAAAAUGGGCUAUUCUAAAUGUAAUGGGAAAAGAGUUUCCUGUAAAUGAAGUAUUUCCACAAUUUCUUGCUGAUAAUCAUCACCAAGUUCGAAUGUUGGCUGCAGAGUCAAUCAAUAGAUUAUUCCAGGAUAUGAAACAAAGAGAUUCUUCCAGAUUAUUGAAAGCACUUCCUUUGAAACUUCAGCAAACAGCUUUUGAAAAUGCAUACUUGAAAGCUCAAGAAGGAAUGAGAGAAGUGUCCCACAGUGCUGAGAACCCUGAACUUUUGGAUGAGCUUUACAACAGAAAAGCUGUUUUACUGAUGAUGAUAGCUGUGGUUUUACACUGUAGCCCUGUCUGUGAAAAACAGGCUUUGUUUGCCCUCUGCAAAUCUGUGAAAGAGAAUGGAUUAGAACCUCACCUCAUUAAAAAGGUUUUAGAGAAGGUGUCUGAAGGUUUUGGAUAUAGACAUUUAGAAGAUUUCAUGACUUCUCACUUAGAUUAUCUAGUUUUGGAGUGGCUAAAUCAUCAAGAUACUGAAUACAGCUUAUCUUCGUUUCCUUUUAUUUUAUUAAACUACACAAACCUUGAGGAUUUCUACAGAUCUUGUUAUAAGGUUUUGAUCCCACAUCUGGUGAUAAGAAGUCAUUUUGAUGAGGUGAAGUCCAUUGCUAAUCAGAUUCAAGAGGAUUGGAAAAGCCUUCUAACAGACUGCUUUCCAAAGAUUCUUGUAAAUAUUCUUCCUUAUUUUGCCUAUGAGGAUACAGGAGACAGUGGGAUGUCACAGCAAAGAGAGACUGCUGCCAAAGUCUAUGAAAUGCUCAAAGAUGAAAGCUUGUUAGGAAAACAGAUUGAUCAUUUAUUCAUUAGUAAUUUACCAGAGAUUGUGGUGGAAUUAUUGAUGACGUUACAUGAACCAGGAGAUUCUGGUGCCAGCCAAAGCACUGACCUCUGUGACUUUUCAGGGGAUUUGGAUCCUGCUCCUAAUCCACCUUAUUUUCCAUCUCAUGUGAUUAAAGCAACAUUUGCCUAUAUCAGCAAUUGUCAUAAAACCAAGUUUAAAAGCAUUUUAGAAAUUCUUUCCAAAAGCCCUGAUUCCUACCAGAAAAUUCUUCUAGCCAUAUGUGAGCAAGCGGCUGAGACAAAUAAUGUGUAUAAAAAGAAUAGAAUUCUUAAAAUAUAUCACCUGUUUGUUAGUUUAUUACUGAAGGAUAUAAAAAGUGGCUUAGGAGGAGCUUGGGCCUUUGUUCUUCGAGAUGUUAUUUAUACUUUGAUUCACUGCAUCAACAAAAGGCCUUCUUGUUUCAUGGAUGUGUCAUUACGUAGUUUCUCGCUUUGUUGUGACCUAUUAAGCCGGGUUUGCCAGACAGCAGUGACUUACUGUAAGGAUGCGUUAGAAAGCCAUCUUCAUGUUAUUGUUGGUACACUUAUACCCCUUGUGGAUGAUCAGUCGGAGGUUCGGGAACAGGUAUUGGACUUGUUGAAAUACCUAGUGAUAGAUAACAAGGAUAAUGAAAACCUCUAUCUCACAAUUAAACUUUUAGAUCCUUUCCCUGACCAUGUUGUUUUUAAGGAUUUGCGUAUUACGCAGCAGAAAAUCAAAUACAAUAGAGGACCUUUUUCACUCUUGGAGGAAAUUAAACAUUUUCUCUCAGUAAGUGUUUAUGAUGCACUUCCAUUGACAAGGCUUGAAGGAUUGAAGGAUCUUCGAAGACAACUGGAACAACAUAAAGAUCAGAUGAAGGAUCUUAUGAGAGCUUCUCAGGAAAACCCACAAGAUGGCAUUAUGGUGAAGCUAGUUGUGAGCUUGUUGCAACUAUCCAAGAUGGCAGCAAACCACACUGGGGAAAGAGAAGUUUUAGAGGCUGUUGGAAGCUGCUUGGGAGAAUUGGGUCCUAUAGAUUUCUCGACAAUAGCUAUACAACAUAGUAAAGAUGCAUCUUACAAUAAGGCCCUUGAGUUAUUUGAAGAUAAAGAACUUCAGUGGAUUUUCAUAAUGCUGACCCAUCUGAAUAAUACACUAGUAGAAGAUUGUGUCAGAGUUCGAUCAGCUGCUGUUACCUGUUUGAAAAGCAUUUUAGCCACAAAGGCUGGACACAGUUUCUGGGAGAUUUAUAAGAUGACUACUGAUCCCAUGCUCACCUAUCUACAGCCUUUUAGAACAUCGAGAAAAAAGUUUUUAGAAGUACCCAGACUUGAUAAAGAAAAUCCUUUAGAAGACCUGGAUGAUACAAGUUUGUGGAUUCCUCAAAGUGAAAAUCAUGAUGUUUGGAUAAAAACACUGACUUGUGCUUUUUUGGAUAGUGGAGGCUUAAAAAGUGAAGUUCUUCAGUUAUUAAAGCCAAUGUGUGAAGUGAAAACUGACUUUUGUCAGACUGUGCUUCCAUAUUUGAUUCAUGAUAUUUUGCUGCAAGAUACAAAUGAAUCAUGGAGAAAUCUGCUUUCUACGCAUAUUCAGGGAUUUUUCACCAACUGCUUCAGACAUUCCUCACAAACCAGCCAAUCCACAACCCCUGUGAAUUUGGAUUCAGAGUCAGAACACAUUUUCCGAGGAUAUUUGGAUAAAAAAUCACAAAGAACAAUGCUUGCUGUUGUGGACUACAUGAGAAGACAAAAAAGACCUUUCUCAGGAACAGUUUUUGAUGAUGCUUUCUGGCUGGAUUUGAAUUAUCUAGAGGUUGCCAAGGUCGCUCAGUCUUGUGCUGCUCACUUUACAGCAUUGCUCUAUGCAGAAAUCUAUGCAGAUCAGAAAAACAUGGAUGAUCAAGAGAAAAGGAGUCUUACAUUUGAAGAAGGAAGCCAGAGUACAAGUAUUUCUAGUUUGAGUGAAAAAAGUAAAGAAGAAACUGGAAUAAGUUUACAGGAUCUUCUCUUAGAAAUCUAUAGAAGUAUAGGAGAGCCGGAUAGCCUGUAUGGCUGUGGUGGAGGGAAAAUAUUACAACCCCUUACUAGAAUACGCACAUAUGAACAUGAAGCAAUGUGGGGGAAAGCCUUAGUAACAUAUGACCUUGAGACAGCAAUCACCUCAUCAACCCGCCAGGCAGGAAUAAUUCAGGCCUUACAGAAUUUGGGACUCUGCCAUAUCCUUUCCACCUAUUUAAAAGGAUUAGAUGAUGAAAAUAAAGAGUGGUGUGCUGAACUACAGGAACUUCAUUACCAGGCAGCAUGGAGGAACAUGCAGUGGGACCAGUGCAAUUCUGUCAGCAGAGGACUGGAAGGAACCAGUUACCAUGAAUCCUUGUACAAUGCUCUUCAGUCUUUAAGAGACAGAGAGUUUUCCACAUUUUAUGAAAGUCUCAAAUACGCCAGAGUGAAGGAAGUGGAAGAAUUGUGUAAGGGCAGCCUUGAGUCUGUGUAUUCGCUCUACCCUACACUUAGCAGAUUGCAGGCCAUUGGAGAGCUGGAAAACGUUGGGGAGCUUUUCUCAAGAUCAGUCACUGAUAGGCAGCUCUCUGAAGUAUAUGUUAAAUGGCAGAAACACUCCCAGCUUUUCAAGGACAGUGAUUUUAGUUUUCAGGAGCCUAUUAUGGCUCUGCGCACAGUCAUUUUGGAGAUCCUGAUGGAAAAGGAAAUGGAAAGCUCCCAAAGAGAAUGUUUUAAAGACAUUCUCACCAAGCACCUUGUGGAACUCUCUAUACUGGCCCGAACUUUCAAGAACACUCAGCUCCCUGAAAGGGCAAUAUUUCAAAUUAAGCAGUAUAAUUCAACUAGUUGUGGAGUCUCUGAGUGGCAGCUGGAGGAAGCGCAAGUAUUCUGGGCAAAAAAGGAGCAGAGUCUUGCCCUGAACAUUCUUAAGCAAAUGAUCAAGAAGUUGGAUGCCAGUUGUACAGAGGUUACUUUUUUUUAUUGACUAAAUUAGUGUUUCACUGCUGUAGAAAAAUAUUUCUGUGCUUUAGCAUAUUAAAGGCUUGGAAUUAACUGAUCCAUGAAGAAGUUGUAAAAAGGAGUCUUGAAAAUUAAUGUUUGUAAAAGAAGUUUAGAAAGCGUCCAUUUUUCCUAUUCACAGCAAUUCUAUCAAAUCCGUCUUGUGGUGGAUUUAAUUUAUCUCAAUAUUGAGCAUUUUUUAAUUUCCUAUAGAAUUCAAAGAGAGUACAUGGGAAACAUUAAAUAUGAAACAGCUAGUAUAAAUUUGACAUGGCAAAGAAGAAAAAAUGAAAGAGUAAAUACAUGAAAGGACAAAAGUUAAAAGAAAGUGGGACAAUUAGGUUGUCAGUCCAACUGCUUUGAAAAUGCUACAUUCAGUGUUUCUCUACCAUUACCUAUUACUUGUUGCAAACUUAUAUAGCAACCUUAGUUCUGUCAUCAGCAUACAGUGGGCAAAGUGGAGGCAUUUUCAGGAAUAAUGGUGUAUUCAAAUGUUUGGCCGCAGUGGUCCUCUGACUUACACCUGCUUAGUGAAUAUCAACUUACUGUACUUACGGAUGUUGGACACUUGUAUGACAUUCUUCUUUCUUAAAGAAUUCUUCAUUAUACCAAAACCCUGGGAACCAGUAUGAUAUGUUUAAGUAUGGCUUAACAGUA